GAGAGAAGUUGAUCACACUCUCUACUGUCCAACGCAAACCCUAAAUCUAUAUUGAUUCUUUUUUAUCGUGUGUAAAUUUUUUUUCUGGAGCCCGGUCAUGACCGCCGAUUCACCAACCAGUGAUCACCUACCGCGUUCACCUGUAACCUGUACCUCCAUUGCCGCCGCGGUGGAUGGUGGCGUUACCAGUCCUAGGCGGCAUGGUGUCGCCACGCCGUGGACCUCUGUCUUUCGUGGAAAUCCAGCGUCUCCGCCGCCGAUUGUUUUGGCUGUGCCAGAGCAGUCUUUUGCUUUUGAAAAGGAUCCGAUGGAGAGUUCUAGCCCUGAGGCCCAGCCUGAGAGCUCGAAUGUUAACGGUGACGGCAAUGCAGGCCGUCCGAGGAGACAUGCUUGGAAUACAACUGUUAACGGCGUCGUUGAGCCUAAUUCUGUUAUGGUUGAUGCUGUUUCUUGGCCCGCUCUCUCUGAAUCAAUCCGGGCCGUCCCUAGAUCAUCAUCAGAACCAUUCAGACCUAUUCCCAAUGGAUCAGCCUCCUCUUCUCAGGGACCUAUAAUAUCUCAACCGCCUCAGAGACAAACUAAUACAAAUGCUCAUGUUAAUUCUACUGUGAACAAUAUGCCUACUAAACAAAGGUCUAGGCAUCGUGGCAGAGGUGCUGGUGGAGGCAGCUCCUCUGGAAAUGGGCCUUCUUCUAGUGUCUUUAUUCGGCCUUCUCCCCCUCAGCCACCUCCGUUUCCUGUGUUUAACAUGCCUUAUGCUAUGGUACCACAUAUGCUGGACACUCCCGUAAGAGGAACAAGACCAGGGGGAGGAGUUGGGGGUUCCCAGCCACACAACGGCAAUGAUUCUUCUCCUAGGAAUAAUUCAAGAAGGGGUAACUAUGGGCCCCGCCCUCGUGGAGAUGGACCAUAUCAUAGUAAUCACGGAGUCAGGCGGGAUCAAGAUCGCAGAGAUGUUCAUCUUUCCCAUCAAUACGUUCCUCCCGUGGGGUAUAUGCCUACUCCGUUUCCCCCUGGGGCUCCACCGUUCAUUUCUACUCCACCAGCCGGAAGGGUUUUUCCUGGCCAAAUGGGGUUUGAUAUGUCGUCUCCCUUCAUCUAUGUUCCAACACUGCUCCCAGAGUCUUUCAGGCCUAUGCCGAUAAUGCCUCCACCGCCACCUAUGCUUUUUGCCACUAGUGGUUCUUUGCCCAGUUUGAUUGUGAAACAAAUAGAUUAUUACUUCAGUGAUGAAAAUUUGGUGAAAGAUAAUUUUUUGAGGUCCAACAUGGAUGAUCAAGGAUGGGUGCCCAUAACUUUAAUUGCCAGCUUUCCACGAGUUCAGCAAUUGACAUUUGAUGUCCCAUUCAUUUUGGAUUCUUUGAGAAAUUCAAGCGUUGUGGAAGUACAGGGCGACAAGUUGAGGAAGCGUAAUGAGUGGAAGAAAUGGUUACACAAUGCUGGUUGGUCCAAUACUAAUUCUGGUUCACACCCUCUUGGUGCUUCACCAGAAAAUGUUCUUGCAACCUCCUUCCAGGAUGUCUCACUGGAAGAUACUACAAUUGAUGCAAAUGGCACUGUGGAUGGUUAGAUUGAGAUGUCUCCAUGUAAAUAUACAUCUGCUGAUACAACUACAAUGUCACAGUUGGCUAAUGGAUGAUACUGUAGAAGACGUUCGUUUAAUGAACAUAUAAAAAGUUACUCUGCCAAGAAAGUUUUGCACAUACUAUCAAGGACGCAUCUGGUGGGGAGAGAGAAAAUAAGCUUAUGUAACUCUUAGACUUAGAAAGACUGGAAAUGAAGUCAGAUGAAAACAGAGCUGACAUUAUAUUGGUACAGAAAUGGCUACCUGAAUUUUUUUUUUUUUUUUAAAUUACGAUGUGGAUGGACAGUUGUUUUCUGGAUUUGGUAUUUAAUUCUGGAUAAAUGUUUUGCGGUGAAUUCUAUUCGAUAUACUUGGCUUUAUGACAGAAAAACCAUGCUGAACCAUAGAGCAUAAGUGCUCUGCCAGCAUCAUUAGAGUGUGAUCUCUGCUUUAUUUUGUGUUUGAUACUUUCCAAGUCCUCUUGAUUAUCGCUAUAACAUACUCUCCCAUUUUUGAAUA